AUUUAGAGGACGAAAUCCUUAUUCAGUCAGACCCAUUCUCCUUUUCACGUCAAUUUCAGCAGGUUUUUGUGAAUUUAAAAAAUAUUAAAAAUUUUACAGUUGAUGCGAAGUUUAUAGGUGUGAAAUUUGUUUGAUUUACUAGUUGGGCUGAGUUGAGUAUGGGUCAAAACCAAUCCAACGCCCCGGGAGGGUCUGGCGACCGGAAGGGAGAUAAGGAAAAGAAACGCUACGAACCCCCAGUUCCCACACGGGUUGGAAAGAGGAGGAAGAAGGCCAAGGGACCAGAUGCCGCACAAAAGUUGCCACAAGUCACGCCGCAUCAACGUUGUCGCCUGAAGUUGUUAAAGCAAGAGCGGAUCAAGGAUUACUUAUUAAUGGAGGAAGAAUUCAUCAAGAACCAGGAGCGACUCAAGCCACAGGAUGAGAAGAAUGAAGAGGAAAGAUCCAAGGUGGACGAUUUGCGAGGAACUCCCAUGUCUGUGGGAAGUUUAGAGGAAAUUAUUGAUGAUAACCAUGCCAUCGUAUCGACCUCUGUGGGAUCUGAGCAUUAUGUGUCGAUUCUGUCCUUUGUGGAUAAGGAUCAGUUGGAACCUGGAUGUGCCGUUCUGCUUAACCAUAAGGUCCAUGCCGUUGUGGGAGUCUUAUCGGAUGACACGGAUCCAAUGGUUACCGUAAUGAAGUUAGAGAAAGCACCUCAAGAGACUUAUGCAGACAUUGGAGGACUGGACACUCAAAUUCAGGAGAUCAAAGAAUCUGUAGAACUUCCUCUCACGCAUCCCGAGUACUACGAGGAAAUGGGAAUUCGACCACCAAAAGGAGUCAUUCUUUAUGGUCCACCAGGAACUGGGAAAACUUUGUUGGCGAAAGCUGUAGCAAAUCAGACUUCUGCUACCUUCCUUCGUGUCGUUGGGUCUGAAUUGAUCCAAAAGUAUUUGGGGGAUGGUCCAAAACUUGUCCGUGAACUGUUCCGUGUGGCUGAGGAGCACGCUCCCUCAAUCGUCUUCAUUGACGAGAUUGACGCAGUGGGAACUAAACGUUAUGACUCCAAUUCUGGUGGAGAGCGAGAAAUCCAACGAACCAUGUUAGAACUGCUCAACCAACUUGACGGGUUUGAUUCUCGUGGGGACGUUAAGGUCAUCAUGGCCACCAACCGUAUUGAAACUCUAGACCCAGCCCUCAUCCGCCCCGGUCGGAUUGAUCGAAAAAUCGAGUUCCCUCUUCCAGAUGAGAAGACUAAACGCCGGAUUUUCUCCAUCCACACUGCUCGUAUGACCCUUGCCCCUGAUGUACAUCUGGAUGAUUUAGUUAUGUCGAAGGAUGACUUGUCCGGCGCAGACAUUAAGGCCAUUUGCACUGAAGCUGGUUUAAUGGCUUUACGAGAGCGUCGCAUGAGGGUGACAAAUGAAGACUUCAAGAAAUCAAAGGAAAAUGUGCUUUACAGAAAGAAAGAAGGAACUCCUGAAGGAUUAUAUUUGUAACCGGUUUUUUAUCAUUAUUAAUUUCUCAAUUAUUCCUCCAGUUAAUAGAAUUACCAAAAUUUCAAACAUUUGUAAUAAUCACAUGCAGUAGUGAAUAUAAAUAAAUCCCAAUUUUUUGACAUUCAA